GCAGUGAGGAGGAGGAGUAGGAUCUCAGCUGGAAGAGAGAGAAGGGGAGUGUACACACACACAGACACACACACAGAGGAGUGUGUUAUUGUGUGUGUGUGUCGGCUGACAGGCGGAGUGUGUGUGUGUAUGUGUGUGUGUGUGUGUGUGUGUGUGUUUGUGACAGAUCAGAGCGCGUGGAUUCAACUCCACUGGACUGGAUGUAUUAUCAGACCACAACACAUACAAGACACAAAGUGCUGAUUAAACUGCAGGAGCGAGUGUGGAGGAGUGAGUAAUCAAGAGGCACAACACACACAGACCUGACCAACCACGGCCAUGGCCAGCAAUAACACAGCGAGCAUCGCACAGGCCAGGAAGCUGGUGGAGCAGCUGAAGAUGGAGGCCAACAUCGACAGGAUAAAGGUAUCAAAAGCAGCAGCAGACCUAAUGUCCUACUGCGAUGCCCACGCCAAAGAGGACCCCCUGUUAUCGCCGGUCCCAGCAUCAGAGAACCCAUUCAGGGAGAAGAAGUUCUUCUGUGCCAUCCUGUAAAUGCUGCACGGCCCCUCAGCGUCUGCUCAGGGCGCCGACUUUGAACGAUGAUGUUCAAACAUACAUAGAAAUCUUCUAGUAGGAGGGGGAUGCGAUUACUGCCCUCUGUGUCCAACGGCACCAUUAAAAGUGUCCACUAUAAAACCUCGUGUACACAUUGAAAAGGGGUUGGCAUUGUGUUUGGAGGGGUGUGUGCAGCAUGUUGAAGGGGUCUGUGCUUUUAGACAUAAAAAGAGAUGAGGAGGAGUUUGAUGAUAACCCAGACGUGAUGGACAACCAGUCAAUGAUGCCAGUCUGCAGGUUGUGAUGUGUGUGAAACAAAAACAAACAAAAAAAUUGCUAAAAAUGAGAUUUGAAAUAUUUUGUGGUUCUUUUGGGACUUCUGUUAAAUGGUUAAAAGGGUGGGUCAUAGGACAGCAAAGACAAAUAUGCCUUCCAUUAGACUCCACCUGAUUAUUGGAAUGUUUUUUAAGUUGUUUUAUUUCCUGUUGAUUUUAACUGUACCUUUCACCUAAAUAUCUUUCUAUAACUGUAUGUGAUUACUGAAGAAGCUCUGUUCAGUUUUUUUUUUAGACCAACAGGUUAGCUACAGCUUUUUUAACGGGAUGUUUGAAACAUUCAACUUCUGUGAUUCUCUUUGCAAAUACCUUUCUGAAAACCAGUCUCUGUCUAUGAACAGCUAUCUGGAAAAUGUGAUCCAGUUUGUUUCCUUCAGAUACAAACCCUCUUUCUACAAUUUGUAUAAAAUGACUAGCGAAUAAACUGUGCUGUGCUGUGACUUCUGAAAA